AUGGGGCUUCUUGUGGGUGCUCGUCAUGGCAAAGAUGUUGCUGUGAUGGAGGAAUACUUCUCGGACAAGGUGGUUUGGGUCACGGGAGCGUCUGCUGGCUUUGGAGAAGCACUCUGCAUUGCUCUCUGUCAAGCCGCGAAGCCUGGGGGGCUAAUCCUCAGCGCUCGCCGAAAGGACGAGCUCGAAAGGGUCAGGUCAAGAUGUCUAGAGCUUCUUCCUGGCCUGAAGACAGAAGUGCUGCCCCUGGAUCUGUCGGACCUCUCGAGGUUGCAGUGUGCUGCCGAGCAAGCGAAGGGUCUUUUUGGACGUGUAGAUGUCCUCGUGAACAACGGUGGGGUCGGAUUUAGAGGCCUCGGGCAGGAGACGUCAAUCGAGACGGACCAGCACGUGAUGAACGUGGACUUCUUUAGUGGCGUGGUCUUGCUGAAAGCUCUCCUUCCAGAUUGGCUCAGGAGGCAAAAAGGCCAUGUCGUGCAAAUCUCCUCAGUGCAGGGCUUCUUUGGCUUGCCUGGUCGAACGGCCUAUGCAGCUGCAAAGCACGCUGCCGUCGGCUUCUAUGACUCUCUGCGAGCGGAAGUGGCUGACAACGGCAUAGCUGUAACCACCGUCUGCCCAGGAUACAUAGCGACCGAGCACGCGCGCAACGCCGCCAGAAGUAGCGGAGUGCAGGUCGACCAGGAGAUCAAAGGUGUGGCCCCGGACGUCUUGGCCCCCAAAGUCUUGGUGGCGAUCGCGCGACGGAAAGCGGAAAUGGUCCCUGCUGCACUGGAUGCUCGCGUCGCGCGCUUGCUGCGCACCCUCUUUCCGACGUUGUUCUUCUCCAUCAUGCGCAGGUCGAAGCUGUGA